GACCCAGCCAGCCACUGUUCCAGGGCUUGUGCCCCCGGGGGAACCUGGAGCCUGUGGUGUCUCUGGAGCCAGGACUUUUUCUGGCAGAGGCCAAGGCUCACCUACAUCAGGUCUAUCCAUGAUUGGAGGAAACACAACUUUCUCAGGGGCCACCAAUGCAUCAACCGAGGCCCCUGGACUGGGCACCGGGGGCCGGGCAUGGCCUGUGCUGGUAGGGGUUGUGCUGGGGGCGGUGGUCCUCUCCAUUCUCAUCGCGCUCGCUGCCAAGUGCCACCUCUGCCGCCGAUACCAUGCCAGCUACAGGCAUCGCCCACUGUCCGGAGCAGGGGGUGGGAACCGCCCACAGGUGGGUGAAGAUGAGGAUGAUGAUGGCUUCAUCGAGGACAAUUACAUUCAGCCUGGGGCUGGUGAGAUGGAGACGACAGGAAGCCGGGACCACUUCUCUCUCUGAGCUCCAUCUUUGGACACUUCCCUCCAUGCCUGGCAGUUUAAAGACAGUGAGUGACUCCUCAAGUCUCAGGGUCAGAGUUCUUGCUAGUAUCUAAAGCUUGACCAGGAGCUUGUUUUCUGACACUGGUCGGUCGCUAAAGUGACAAUUCUGUUUCUCAUUAACUCUCCAUGGCUCCCUGCUGUCCCAGGAUACAGCCUGACAGGCCUGAGCAGGCCUCUUGAGUUUCUUUCUUUACCCCCCUCCCCCACUCCCUACUUUACCCCCUUCUUGGGCUGCCUUGACCAACAAGUUCUGGGAUUUCACAUAUGUCCCAGUAGGAGAAGACCGUGCCAAAUUUCUUACCGAAAAAUUUUUCUUAUCAAUAAAGUAUAUGACUUGGUUAUAA